AUGUCUUCUUCGGGGGUAAUCUUUUUUAAUAUUUUACUUUUAAUUACUCUAAUUUAUCAACAGGUUUCGAGAUCAUCUAAUGAAGUAACUCGUACAAGCAGUUUUGAAUAUGAGGAUGUCAGCGUUAAAAGGGCCAGCAGUCCCCCAUCAAGCAUUGAAGGGGAUGAAUAUCCACGUAGUAUUGAAAGUGAAAGAAUGCUGUCUGGAAUAUCUAUGCGUUCUUUACGAACUCGAGUGCCUUGGGAAAAGAAAGGCGUUUAUCACCAUUUCAUCCACUUUUCUCAUAUACUCUCUCAGAGUAAUAUGAUUAAAUUUCCAUAUUUUCCUUUCAUUUUUGCCUAUGUUUCUGCUUAUUUGUUUGUUGGUGUUCCAGUAUUGUGCGUUGAGAUGGCUUUGGGUCAAUUUGCUUCGGUUCCUCCUGUCGAAUUGUUUAGAAAAAUGUGCCCGUCUCUUGCUGGAAUCGGCACAGUUAUGUUAGCUCUAUUAAUGUUUAAAGCAAUUUCAAUGGCUGCUGAUUCUACUCAAGCUACUUUGUCUGCAUUAUAUACAAUACGUGAAGGUUUUAGAAGUGGAGGACCUUUAUGGAAUAAUUGUACAUUUUCUGGUUCUAGUCAUCUUUGCUUUAGACGUAGCUAUACUCAAUGUUAUGAAAUUAUUCAAAGCAACACUUCCCAUACACUGGCAGAAUUUAAUUCAUUAAAUUGUCAUGGUUGGAUUCGUGGUCUAGAUAUAAUUUAUAAUGUUUCGUCAAAGCAAAGAUGGAGAAUGUGGAGACCGCCUCAUUUGGAUUUUAUUACAGCAAAUGUUUAUAUGCCAAUCUGGCAUCAAAAAGAGUGGUUCUUUCCUUUUAAAUCAGGCGCGAUUUUACUCAUUAUUUGGACAGUUACGGGAUUUUUAAUUUAUAUUGGAAUCAGAAAAUUGGGAAAAACAUUUGUUUGUUUAAAAGGAAUUAUUGGUGUUGCAAUGCUUUUGAAUAUGUUGAUGAGUUUGUAUUAUACACCAGCAGAUGCAGAUUGGCAUGAAUUUUUUAAAUUUGAUUUGUCUCCUUUAUCAAGCUUUGGAAUUUGGGCAGACGCUGUUGGUUUUGUAAUUGUUUCCUUAGCUUUGGGUACUGGUUCUGUACAAAAAAUUAGCAGCCUGUCUGAUUUUAAUGAAAAUUUUUUCUAUAAUGCUUUAAUUACGAGUGCUGCUGAUAUAUUAUUUAGUUUAAUAUCUGGAAUUACUCAUUUCUCUUCAAUUGCUUCAAUGGCUCAUAGAAUAUAUCCUGAAGAUGAAAUACCUCAUAGAAUUAAGUUUAUGUUUACACAUGAACAUGUAACGCCCAUCACAAUGUUCCCAGAACAUAUAAUUUGGAGUACUAAAUUUGGUUGGAUUUUUGGUGUUCUUCAUUAUUUGGCUAUUGGAUUUCUUGGAAUUACACACACUGUUGUCUGUUUUGAUAUGGUUAAAUUUGCAUUUGAAGAAUUAGUACUUAAAUUUAAACAAAGAGAAGCUUUUUUGGGACAUGAUGAAGAUAACAAAAUUCAAUUUUCUGCUACUUGUGGUGUUGUUAUUUUUGGAAUUAUUGCUUCGAUUGGUUUAAUUGGGCCGAAUGGUAUUACUGUUAGUAAACUUUGGAUUGAAUUUUCGAGUAUUGGAUUUAUGUUGGUUAGUCUUUCUGAAAUAUUUGCUAUAAAUAUACAUUAUGGAUUUAGACGAUAUUUGGCUAAUGUCCAAACAAUGCUUCAAAACCAUCAACACAAAUCUCAUUUGCUCUAUACACUUUCUGCUAUUUGGUAUUAUUUAUUUGCCCCAACAUUUAUUGUUGUAACUAUAUUAUUUAAAGUUUACAAAAAUAAAUCAAUAAAAGUUUUGGAAUAUUCAUUUCCUAGUGGAUUUCAAUUUUAUGGGUGGAUGGUGGUUAUACUUGCUGCAAUGUAA